CUCGUACCUGCACUGCGAGUGGGCGACGAUCGCGCAGCUGGAGAAGGACAAGAGGAUCCACCAGAAGCUGAAACGCUUCAAGACCAAAAUGAACCAAAUGCGGCAUUUCUUCCACGAGGAUGAGGAGCCCUUCAACCCCGACUACGUGGAGGUGGAUCGGAUCCUGGACGAGUCGCACAGCGUGGACAAGGACAACGGCGAGCCCGUGGUGUAUUACCUGGUCAAGUGGUGCUCGCUGCCCUACGAGGACAGCACCUGGGAGCUGCAGGAGGACGUGGACGAGGCCAAGAUCGCCGAGUUCAAACGCAUCCAGGCCCGGCACCCCGAGCUCAAGAGACAGGUGAGCACACCUGUGGGGCUGGAAGGGGUUAACUGGCUGCUCUUCAACUGGUACAACAGGCAGAACUGCAUCCUGGCCGACGAGAUGGGGCUGGGCAAGACGAUCCAGUCGAUCGCCUUCCUGCAGGAGGUGCACGGCGCAGGUGUGCGCGGGCCUUACCUGGUGAUCGCGCCGCUCUCCACCAUCGCCAACUGGGAGCGCGAGUUCGGCGCCUGGACGCACCUGAACACCAUCGUGUACCACGGCAGCCUGGCCAGCCGGCAGAUGAUCCAGCAGUACGAGAUGUACUGCAAGGACGGCAAGGGCCGGCUGAUCCCGGGCGCGUACAAGUUCGACGCGCUGAUCACGACGUUCGAGAUGAUCCUGAGCGAGUGCCCGGAGCUGCGCGAGGUGCCGUGGCGCUGCGCCGUCAUCGACGAGGCGCACCGCCUCAAGAACCGCCACUGCAAGCUGCUCGACAGCCUCAAGCACAUGGAGCUGGAGCACAAGGUUCUCCUGACAGGAACUCCUCUCCAGAACACGGUGGAGGAGCUCUUCAGCCUCCUGCACUUCCUGGAGCCGGCCCAGUUCCCGUCCGAGGCCGAGUUCCUCAAGGACUUCGGCGACCUCAAGACCGAGGAGCAGGUGCAGAAGCUGCAGGCGCUGCUGAAGCCCAUGAUGCUGCGGCGCCUGAAGGAGGACGUGGAGAAGAACCUGGCGCCCAAGCAGGAGACCAUCAUCGAGGUGGAGCUGACCAACGCGCAGAAGCGCCUCUACCGCGCCAUCUUGGAGCGCAACUUCGCUUACCUGGCGCGCGGCGCCGGGCACGGCAACGUGCCCAACCUGCUCAACACCAUGAUGGAGCUGCGCAAGUGCUGCAACCACCCCUACCUCAUCAACGGCGCCGAGGAGCAGAUCGUGGCCGAGCUGCGGGCCUCGCCGGGCGCGCCGGCGCCGCCGGAGCUGGCGCUGCAGGCGCUGGUGCGCUCGGCCGGCAAGCUGGUGCUGCUGGACAAGCUGCUGCCCCGGCUGCGCGCCGGCGGCCACAAGGUGCUGGUCUUCUCGCAGAUGGUGCGCUGCCUGGACAUCCUGGAGGACUACCUCAUCCAGAAACGGUACCCGUACGAGCGCAUCGACGGGCGCGUGCGCGGGAACCUGCGGCAGGCGGCCAUCGACCGCUUCAGCCGGCCCGACUCGGACCGCUUCGUGUUCCUGCUGUGCACGCGCGCCGGCGGGCUGGGCAUCAACCUGACAGCCGCCGACACCUGCAUCAUCUUCGACUCCGACUGGAACCCCCAGAACGACCUCCAGGCGCAGGCGCGGUGCCACCGCAUCGGGCAGAGCAAGGCGGUGAAGGUCUACCGCCUCAUCACACGCAACUCCUACGAGCGCGAGAUGUUCGACAAGGCCAGCCUGAAGCUGGGCCUGGACAAGGCCGUGCUGCAGUCCAUGAGCGGCCGCGACGGCGCCAUCGCCGGGAUCCAGCAGUUCUCCAAGAAGGAGAUCGAGGACCUCCUGCGCAAGGGCGCCUACGCCGCCAUCAUGGACGAGGACGACGAGGGCGCCAAGUUCUGCGAGGAGGACAUCGAGCAGAUCCUCCUGCGCCGCUCCACCACCAUCACCAUCGAGAGCCAGGGCCAGGGCUCCACCUUCGCCAAGGCCAGCUUUGUGGCGUCGGAGAACCGCUCGGACAUCGCGCUGGACGACCCCAACUUCUGGCAGAAGUGGGCCAAGAAGGCCGAGCUGGACCUGGAGCUGCUCAACAGCAAGAACACGCUGGUGAUCGACACGCCGCGCGUGCGGAAGCAGACGCGCCACUUCAGCACGCUGCGCGACGACGACCUGGUGGACUUCUCGGAGCUGGAGAGCGACGAGGAGCUGGAGCGCCUGGAACGCGCCACGCGCUCCCGGCGCGGCCACCACCACCACCAGAGCCACCAGCAGAGCCACCAGCACCAAACCCACCCGGCCGCGCCGCCCCACGGCCCCGGCCCGGCCGCGCCGCCCUUCGGCCGCGGCGACUGCGCCCGCGUGGAGAAGCACCUCAUGGUCUACGGGUGGGGCCGCUGGCGCGAGCUGGCCGCCCAGGGCCGCUUCCGGCGCCGCGUGUCGGAGCGCGACGCCGAGAGCCUGGCCCGCGCCAUCGUCCUCUUCUGCCUGCGCCACUUCCGCGGCGACGAGGGCACGCGCGCCUUCGCCGGCGCCCUGCUGGCGCCCGGCCGCAACGGCCGCGCCCGGCCCGCGCCCGGUGAGCGCCGCGGGGGCGUGGCGCCGCCGCGCGGCCGCAAAGGGAAAAAGUCUCCGAAGGUUCCGGAAGCGCCGGCGGCCGAGUGGCUCCUGCAGGACGAGGCCUUCCGCAAGCACCUGCGCCACCAGGCCGGAAAGCUGCUGCACCGCCUGCGGGCGCUGCACGUUCUGCGCCACGACGUCAUCGGCGCCGCGGCCGAGCGCGUCCUGGCCGGCGCCAGCGCCAGCGAGGUGCAGAUCAGCUUCCCGCUGCUGGAGCCGCUGGAGGUGCCCGAGGCCUGGUGGGACCCCGAGGCCGACAAGUCGCUGCUCAUCGGGGUCUUCAAGCACGGGUACGAGCGGUACCACACCAUGCGCGCCGACCCCGCCCUGUGUUUCCUGGCCAAGGCCGGCGGCCCCGACGCUUCGGCCGUGGCGGCCGAGCAGCGGCUGGAGGGGCCCGAGGGGGCCGAUUUCGACAGAGACCCCGAGGACCCCGAGUACAAACCCCUGCAGGGGGGCGGCGAGGAGAGCGACCCCCUGGCCGGGCUGGACGAGGAGAUCUCAGUGGUGGACGGGGACGAGGCCUGCCCGAUGUCCGGCCCCGUGGUGACCUCUGACCCCGUGGUGACCUCUGACCCCACGCCGAUGUCCAGCUCCAUGGUGACCUCUGACCCCAUGGUGACCUCUGACCCCACGCUGAUGUCCGGCCCCAUGGUCGCAAUGUCCGGCCCCGUGGUGACCUCUGACCCCGUGGUGACCUCUGACCCCGUGGUGACCUCUGACCCCGUGGUCACCUCCGGCCCCACGCCAAUGUCCGGCCCCGUGGUGACCUCUGACCCCACGCCGAUGUCCAGCUCCACGGUCACCUCCGGCCUCGGGAUGACCUCCGACCCCGCGGUGACCUCCGACCCCGCGCUGACCUCUGACCCCGCGCUGACCUCCGGCCGCGGCGUGGGCGCGUGGCCGGCGGCGGCGGCGCUGACCGCUCGGCUGCGGCGCCUGCUGGCCGCCUGCCCCCGGCCGGACUCCGGCCACCGGCGCGACCCCCCGGCCACCGAGACGGCGCCGGGCCGGCCCGGCGGUCACUCGGGCAGUGGUCACUCGGGUGGUCACUCGGGCAGUGUGGUCACUCGGGUGGUCACUUCAGUGGUCAGCACGAUAGGCACUCCGAUGGUGAGCCCGGCGGUCACUCUGAUGGUCACUCUGGUGGUCAUCACGGUGGUCAGCCCGGUGGUCACUUCAGUGGUCACUCUGAUGGUCACUCUGAUGGUCAUCACGGUGGUCAACCCGGCGGUCACUCUGAUGGUCAUCACGGUGGUCACUUCAGUGGUCACUCCAGUGGUCACUUCAGUGGUCACUCUGAUGGUCAGCCCAGUGGUCAUCACGGUGGUCAGCCUGGCGGUCACCUUGGUGGUCACUUCAGUGGUCACUUUGAUGGUCACCUUGGUGGUCACUCUGGUGGUCACUUUGAUGGUCACUCUGAUGGUCAGCCUGGUGGUCACUUCAGUGGUCACUCUGAUGGUCACCUUGGUGGUCACUUCAGUGGUCACUCCGGUGGUCAGCUCAGUGGUCACUUCAGUGAUGGUCAGCCUGGUGGUCACCACGAUGGUCACUCUGGUCACUCCACUGGUCACUCUGGUCACUCCGAUGGUCACUCCGGCCACUCCGGCCACGGCGAGCGGCCGCGGCGGCCGCGGCGCAGCCACGAGCGGCGCGACAAGCAGCAGCGGUCAGCGCUGGACGCGGCGGGAGCAGGCCGAUUUCCUGCGCGUGGCCUCCACCUUCGGCGUGGAGCUGGAGCCGGGCUCGGGGCGCUUCCGCUGGCGCCGCUUCCGCGCCCUGGCCCGGCUGGAGCGGCGCUCGGACGAGGAGCUGACCCGCUUCUACCACGGCUUCGUGGCCAUGUGCCGGCAGGUGUGCCGGCUGCCGCCCGCGCCCGGCGACGUUCCGUGUUCCCUGUCUCCAUGCCCGGUUCCAGCCCCGCUGGCGCUGCGCUGCCUGCGGCGCCUGGCGCUGCUGCGCUGCCUGCGGGAGCGCGUGCUGCGGCUGCCCCAUUUUUACCCCCGCGUGCUGCGGCUGCCGGCGCUGCCGGCGCUGCUGGCGCGGCUGCCGCCGCCCGGCUCGCUGCUGCCGCCCUGGUGGCGGCGCGGCGCCCACGACGCGGCGCUGCUGCGCGCCGCCGCCCGCCACGGCCUGAGGGGGGCGCGGGCGCUGAUCCGGCGCCUGGAGCUGAUCUGCCGCGCGGCGCUGGCGGCGGGGGAGGGGCCCGGGGGGGAGGAGGGGCUCAAGCUGACCUUCCAGAAGCAUCCGCAGGGUCCCAACGGCGCCGCCCGCAGGAGCGCCCGCCGCCCGCUGCAGGUCGGGGCGAAACACGGCGAUUUCGGGAAAAUCGGGGGGAAAAACGGCCAUUUCGGGAAAAUUGGGGCAAAACACGGCGAUUUCGGGAAAAUCAGGGGGAAAAACGGCCAUUUCGGGAAAAUCGGGGCCAAAAACGGCCAUUUCGGGAAAAUCGGGGCCAAAAACGGCCAUUUUGGGAAAAACGGGGCGAAAAACGGCGAUUUUGGGAAAAUCAGGGGGAAAAACGGCGAUUUUGGGAAAAUCAGGGGGAAAAACGGCCAUUUUGGGAAAAUCGGGGCCAAAAACGGCGAUUUCGGGAAAAUCAGGGCCAAAAACGGCAAUUUUGGGGAAAAAAAGGCGGAUUCAGGAAAAACGGGGCGAAAAAUGGGCUCGGAGCAGCGGCGGGAGAAGUGGCACCGGAAAAAGUGCCUGCCCGCCCCGCCCCCAGCCCUGGACCUCUCCAAGAUGGCGGCGCUCAUGGGGGGCGUGGCCCCGGCGGCGCUGGCCACGCCCCCUCACUUCCGGCCGGCGCCGGAAGAGGCGGCGGGGCAGACCGGAAGUGCUUGCUGCCCCCUGCUGGCCGACCCCAUGCUGGCGCCCGCCUCGGACUCGGAGUAG